AUGUUAUUGUGUUUAUUGUUCCAAAUUAGAUCUCCAAGUGGAUAUAAGUUUUUGAGAGAGCAGAAUAUAUUACCACUUCCUUGUAUUAAUACUAUAAGAAAGCAUUUGUUGGCAGUAGAAAUUAGAUGUGGUUUUGAUAAAAAUUUAUUCAAACUUUUAACUAAAAGAUUUGCAACCAAGAAUAAUUUUGAAAAAAAAGGUAUUCUACUUUUUGAUGAAAUUAGUUUACGAGAAGGUUUAAGUGUUAAUACCAGAGAACUAACUUACACUGGACUUGAGGAUUUUGGUGAGGAAAUAGAAUCCAAAAAAGACAGUGAUAAAAAAGCAAAUCACGGACUUGUGUUUAUGUGGCAAAGUCUAGCUGAGAAUUUUGUACAGCCUAUAGCAGUUUUUGCCUCACACGGUCCUGUAAAAGGAAUUGAUCUUGCCAAAUUAAUUAUUAAAGCUAUUAUUUUAAUUGAAAAGACUGGAGGUCAAAUAGUUGGUGUGACAAGCGAUGGAGCAGCAACCAAUCGUAAUAUGUGGUCUAUUCUAGGGGUAUCAGGAAAAAAAAACAAUUUUUGUAACUUUUUUGAAAAUCCUUAUGAUUCAGCAAGAAAAGUUUAUGUGUUUUCUGAUGUACCUCAUUUGAUGAAAACUAUUCGAAAUCGAUUAUUCACAAAUAAAGAAUUAAGAGUAAAUUAA